AUGGCUAAAAAGGACAAAAUUGGAAGAUCCAUUCUUGCUUCUUUUAUAGCUGCUCUUGGAUCGAUAAGCUUUGGUUAUUGUAUGGGAUAUUCCUCAUCUGCGUUGGUGGAUUUGACAAGUCCCGACACAAAUUCUGCCAUUCGUUUGACCACUGCACAGGGAUCCUGGUUUUCCGUGAGUAAAUUGUAGUUUUAAUUGUUUUCAGUGUGCAAAUGAGUAAUACGAAAAAAACAAAGUUGUUAAUCUGGAAAAAAAAAAUCGUAAGUAAGACAUAGAAUAAGACUUGGGAUCUACAAGCUGUCGCGUGAUUUGCUGUUCCUUUGAGUUCUUUGCGUUGCAUGAUCUGGGAUAGCGUUCAAAUGUUUACCUUUCAUAAUCUUUGGAAUUCCGGUUGCCGACUUAAGCCCGGUUCAAACGUCGAAAUUUACAUGUGCAGAACCUAAUUAUUAGGAACGACACUUUUGUAUUUGGGUAUACGUAGACUCAGCUGUCUAUUCUGGACUGAGGUCGUCGAAUAGAACGGCAAAAGAUCGACUUCGACUCAUACGUCGAACUUAACAUGUGCCUCUUCCCUGCUACAAGAGGUCUGACUCUCAAGACGCAUGUAAUUCAUAAAUUAUGUUAACGUAUUUUUCAACAUAACCGCGCUUCUGAUUAGUUAUAUAGUGGGUUUUCGCGCCUGUGCGGACUGAACUCACAGAAGAUCAGAGUAACGACGUUACUGACGUUACCAGCAUUCACGUUGUAGAUUUGAGACUGAAACUGGACAGCUUAAAACGGUCUUCUAAAAAGUUGCUUUUCUUUGAUCUUUGUAUCUAUAAACAAAUCGUACUGUAUUUUGAAAUUUAUGGCGUUAUUUUAUUUUGUCCAAUUGUCACUAUGCUCACGAUCUCCUUGCCACAACAUAACACAAAUCAUACUAAAAUCAAAACAAGAAUUUUCAGGCUUUGUGAACUUUACUUUUUUCAGUUUAUUUCCCUAUUUUAGCAGUAAGGAUGAUAUUUGUUUUCGCCACGAAUUAGGUUCGGCACAUGUAAAUUUCCACUGUUUAAACCCGCAGUCGAGCUUUUAUAGUUUGGGUCGACCUAAAUAGGUAUUAGGAUCCAUUAAGUUCGGCACUUGUAAAAUUCUACGUUUGAACUGGGCCUAAUUGUCACCAAAGUGGAGAAUUUUUUUUUGGAUUCAGUGCUCCAUGGGGACCAUGGGGAUAAGUUUAAUCAGACAGAGCCGCGUUCUUUCUUUACUGAUCAAGAGCGAAUUAAGUAUCGAGCGCAUUCAGCACAGAAUCUCUAAUACCGAAUCUUCAACAUGUUCAAUCACAGGUAGCCCAAGCUCGAAAUAUGAGCAUCGGCGAACUUCGGCAUCGUUGCGUAACAUUCGAAAUAUAAGGAUUUGUAUGGGGAAAAAACCUAUCGUUUCUGUAACCUACGAAAAUGAAAGAACUUCGAUAAAAAUCAGCUUACCUUACUAAAAAUGUGUGUUACGUCUCUCCUGUGUGGUCCACGGGCCGAUUUAUGGCCGUUUUAUGGGUUUUUAUGUAAACGGUUUUCUCGAACCUUUAUAUAGAGAGAAAGCCGUUUACAUAAAAACCCAUAAAACGGCCAUAAAUCGACCCGUGGACCACACAGGUAAGCUUUCUUUUAUUGAAAUUCUUUCAUUUUCGUAGGGUUACAGAAACGAUAGGUUUCUUCCCAUACAAAUCCUUAUAUUUCGAAUGUUACGCAACGAUGCCGAUGUUCGCCGAUGCUCAUAUUUCGAGCUUGGGCGACCUGUGGUUCAAUGCUUUGAAUAUAACCGGGGUGAAAUAUUAGCAUGUGGAAAAAGGUUUUUAUUCCCCUAACGAACUGAACCUGACUGAACACAACACAACUUUGUAGGGCGUGUGCCAGGGUAUAAAAAUAGAUUUUUUCUUCAUCGUUCCACGGCUCUUGCACGGAAGUGAUAUGAAGAUGAUUACACGCACCAUUAAAGGGCACCCAACGGCUGUUUCUUUAAAAAAACAAACCCAAACAAACCCCUUUUUCUCUCCUUUUUUGCAGUCUUUGGUGGCAGUCGGUGCCAUUUUUGGAUGUCCCAUAGGUGGAUGGGCGAUUGAUAAGUUUGGUCGCAAGAGGACCUUACUCCUCUGUUCUGUUCCCUUUGAACUUGGAUGGCUUCUGAUCAGCUUUGCGCAGAAUCGGGCUAUGUUGUACGCUGGUCGCAUCACUACAGGCUUGGCUUGUGGCAUUGUUUCACUUGCUACUCCAGUAAGCUUUUUUUCUUCUUCUUCUUCUUUUUUUAAUACCGUAAAAUUCCGAAAAUAAGCCCCUCCAAAUAUAAGCUCCCCAAAUCGGUAACGCAAAAAACCCUCCGUUAAAUCGCCCCUCCAAACAUAAGCCCCCCGGGGGCUUGGAAAAAUUUCCCUCAAAUACAAAGUAAAACAAAGCAAAAACGGUGAAUUUACUUCCAACUAUGAGGCUAGCCCAAUCGACUUCAAAAUGCAAAUUUCCUUCCGUAGAUAAGCCCCUCCGAAUAUAAGCCCCUCCAAAAAUAAGCCCCUCAAAAAGGGCCUUUGAAACAUAUAAGCCCAGGGGUUUAUUUUCGGAAUUUUACGGUCAGUGAUUGAAAGUGGAAAAUAGAGGAUUCGAGAGUGGGCCGGAAAAGUGGGAGACCUAAAUUUUUUUAACCCCCUAGGAUCAUAACCUGGGAAUGUUCCAGUUUAAAAAAAAAUGCUGAAAAUUUCUAAAAAGUUGCUCAAUAUUUGCCCAAAACACCAAUAUAUUCACGUUGCUUUUCAUUUUUUUCUUAAGAAAAAUUUUUUUUAUUAAAGAACCCUUCUUCACUGUUUCUUGACUCCUGAUCUUAACCUUUGGACACCCCCAGCCCACCCCUCCUGUAUCUCGCCUGCUCAAAUGAGUUUAAGACACAUUACGACCGGAUUUCUAUUCUGAGUGAAUAGGGAAGCAUUGCUUAUAAGCUUGCAGCCUAGGAUAGUUCCUCUGUGGCCUUAAUUACGAACCCUGACCAGUGUGUUUGAGACUAAUCAUUCUUCUCAUUUUGCUAUCCCGUUCAAGAGGACAGCAUUUCCCUCUUUCAAUUGAAUGUAUCGUUUUAUUUUCAAACAUGCACAAAAAACGUAGCCUUUUGGGCAGACUUCGAAAUAUUGUCGCUCACUUGUUAAGCGUGAUAUCCGACUUUCUUAAAGAAAAAAAAAAAAGAAUUCCAUGCCCGUUCAGGCCACUGGGACCAGCCCUCCACCCAGGGGCUCUUAACUGUGAAAUUCUGUUUCUGUAAAGGUAUACAUCGCCGAGAUUGCACACCCAAGAAAACGUGGCAUGCUGGGUUCUAUUGGCACACUGGCGAUUGUUAUCGGCUUUGUAAUAUCCUAUCUGGCAGGUAUCCUAUGCCAAUGGAACUUACUGGCUUUUAUCGGCGGAGUUUUCCCGGCCCUCCUCGUUAUAUUUUUGUACUUUAUGCCAGAGACCCCGUUAUGGUUACUAAGGAAGAAAAAACGAACAGAAGCAUUGGAGUCUCUCGUUUGGUUACGAGGCACUGACGGCGAUACUGAAGAGGAAUGCUUCAACGUUGAGUCAACUAUUGGUACGAGGGCCUUUUUUUUUUUCACAAGUAUGGAUACAUACUGACAUACAAGCGAUUUCUUGCUCCCAGUACCUAAGAUUAGUUUAGAGAGAACCAGUCCAAUUUAAUUUAAUUUUAAGAUGCUCCUUCCAGAAGGUUCAAUCCAGCAUUUUUUACUUCUCUUUUUAGCGUUAAACGUAUUCUGCGUAUUUGCAUCCAUUUACCAUCGUUUUGGUAGGGUGCAUUUAAUAAGCGAUAUGGUUCUCAGAAUUUUAUAGUGAUCGAGUUGUUCACACUUUUGAUCAUAGUUGCAUCAAUUUCGAUAAAAGCCGUGUCUGUCUCCUUCAGAUUGGCGCCAAAUAAGGCCGAGCGUGCUUUUUAGGUGAUGGAUUUCCACUGUCGCGUUAUUUCAGUACGUGUGUACACACGUUUAUACUACUACUUGAGAAAUUUGUGCUAUUUGAUUGGCUUAGAAUGGUGGUAUAUAUUUCAGCUGAAUUUGAAAUACCUACGUGUAAAAAUUACAAACCUUUUGCGGGGAGUAGUAUAAACAAAUAAUAGCACGAUCUGUACGUGAUAUUUGGCAUAAAUACCACUCGUGAUAUUUCAAAAUUGUCUCAAAUUUACGUAUAACAAUUUCGAAAUAUCACUCGUUGUAUUUAUGCCAAAUAUCACUACAAAUCAUGCUAUUACCGAUACAAAUUUAAUGCGCGUAAAUAUAAUAGAAGGUCGCUCGUAAAAGCAAGAGUUGAGCGAUCGAGGUUCAACUUUUACGUGUUUACUUAACGCGCACUUAUGUAAUUCCUCAAGUCAUGCCACAUGUCAUUGCGCAAAAUCAUUCUCUCUUUUUACCUUCACCGAUCAUCUGAUUUUGGCAGAGACUAACAGAUUUAAUUGCAAAUAUUGAGUAUAUUAAUAGAAUAUCUGGGGAUACGGGUGACCUGGCUUGAAUGUAAUAAAUCACAACAAAAUUUAUCACGAACAGCAAAGGGACAGAAAUUAGAGAUUAUUUAUAAAGCACUGACUUUUUGGGGGAGGGAGUGGUAGAAAAUCUUCGCGUUUUGUUCAUCGCUUUUUUCAGCAUUCCUUUUUCCUCUUUUCUUUUCUUUUUGGCGCUGCAUUAAUUGAAAGGAUGAUCAAACGAUAUAACGAGAAGCCGGAAAAUUAAGACCACACAAAAAAUAUCCCUUUUUGAAAUCAAGAGUAAAAUGCAUGCACGCACUAAAUGAAGUAAAAUGCAUGCAUUAAACUCAUGUUUUCUGAUUUUAUAGUAUAUUUUCUAUUUGCAGAUCAUGAAAAAAAGCUUUCGCUGCAAGAUUGGUUAUCACCUGUGAUAGCAAAGCCUUUAAUGAUCAGCAUUGGAUUAAUGAUUUUUCAACAGCUAUCUGGAGUCGCUGCUGUGGUAUUUAAUACAGCAAGCAUUUUUACAGUCGCAGGCUUUUCAGACGGCAAACUUGUUAGCAUUUCAGUUGCAUUGGUCCAGCUUUUAGGUUGCACUUUGGCAUGUGUAGUGGUUGACAAAACGGGACGACGGAUCCUUUUGUUAACAAUGUCAAUUGCUAUGUCCUGUACUCUUUUUGGCCUUGGUACAUAUUUUGAAAUCUAUAUACCACCAACGGGUGCAAACUCAUCUUCUGACGUAACCUCCCUGUUGGGUCCCAUCAGCCAUUCAGUUCCAGCUUCAAAGAUAAACUGGCUUUCUGUGGUCUGUAUAGUUUUGUUCAACUUGUUUUUUGCUUUGGCUUGGGCUCCAGUACCUUGGCUUAUCAUGUCAGAGAUAUUUCCCACACAAGCUCGAGGACUGUGCACUAGUCUGGCAACCAUUGCGAACUGGAUGGCACUAUUUAUUGUUACCAAGACGUAUAACAUCAUGCAGACGUCAAUGACCAUCCAGGGAACGUAUUGGUUCUUUGGAGGAUGCUCCAUUCUUGGUUUUGUCUUUGUUUAUAUGGCUAUGCCGGAAACUAAAGGAAAAACCCUAAAAGAAAUCGAGGCUAUUUUUAGUAAAAGGGUAAAUGACCUACCACAGUAA